AUGAUUAGGAAGAUAUAAAUGAAGAAGUUAUUGUUGAGGUUAUCGUUCCCAGAUGCAAUGAUAAUUAAAUAUUAAUAGACUUUCAAUGUGUAUCUUUAUGUGGGAAUGGCAUCCUUAACUCAAAAUAUGAAUAAUGUGAUGAAGGUAAUUAAUUUGGAGGAGAUGGAUGUUCAUCUGUUUGUAAUGAAGAAGAUUUCUAUUAGUGUCAAAAUUAUGAAAAUGCAUCAAGCAUUUGUUCUUAUAUUUUACCUCCUGACUUAAUUUUAGUUAGUCUCUCUAGUAAACUAAUCAAACUUAAUUGAUUUAAUUAAGUUUCACUUAAAAUGUUAAAUUAUUGUCUGAUUUAAAAUUUGAAGAAAUUGCAGUCAUCUCAAUUAUUCCAUAAACUCAUGCACCUAUAAAUGUAAAACCAAUAUUAAAUCUAUCAACUACAUAUAGCAAUCCAUUAUAUUAGAUUACAGUUGAUUUCAUAGAACCUGUACAAAAUUCUGUACUAUAGAUAGAAUUUGUUUAAUCAAUUAUAAGAAAUUAAUUUGAUUUAGACUUGAUUCGAAAUCAGAUCUAAAUCAGUCUUGGCACUCCUUUUGUAUUAUCUGAAACUUCCAAAUAAAAAGUAACUUAAAUAAUGCUUUUAAAUGAUAUUAUGAUUUAUUCUAUGAUUGCUAUAUCAGGACUGGAAGUUUACCAUUUUAAAGUACCAACAAAUCAACCAAAAUUAAACAAACUCAUUAAAUUAGUUUUAUUUAUUGAAUAUUUAAGGAUGUUACUUCUCUAUUUUAUGUUCAUUACUAACAUUUUUUAUUUCCAUUUUAUUUUUAGAAUUAUCCUUUUAAAGAUUUUUCAUUUUAAGAUUUUUUAUUAUAUGCCUUCAGUAGUUCAGUAGGUAAAUGAUAUAGAAGUUUUAAUCAAAUUAUCAAUUGAAUAUUUUUUUUUAAUUAGGAUAUUAAUCUUGCUGCAAUUCAAUUUGUUGAUCUUUAGUAAAUUACUCAAAGUACAAAUCAAAUAGUUUGAGUUUUAUACAUAUUAUAAUGUUUUAUCAUGA